AUACAGUACGGUAUUCCUAGGGUGCUAUCUGUUCACUUCUCCACCGCACGUGAAGGCAGGUUCGAGGGCUCAGUGGUAUUGACCUUCUGGGACGCAAAGCAACGUCAACGGUUCACCAUUACGCGUCAAAUUCGAGCUGUCGUUGGAUCACGUCUUGACCACGAGAAUUUGAGACCCAGCGAUCCAUAUGUUCGACCCGUACGCGUCCCGCUGCCUCCUGAGAUACGUCCCAUUCCCGCUCCUCGGCCUCCGGUUUGGACAGCUACCGAAUGGGUCAACCGACUGGCUGAAUACCCCAUUCCGCACGCCCUAAAAGGUGAUUGUCUGGAUUCGGAAGUAAUCAAGCAACGAAUGCCGAACUCCCUCACCAUGUCCUCAUACAGCGACUGCCUCGAUUUGCAGAUGUUCACAAUGAAGGAUACAGAACUGAAAUACGACAACCCGAACUACAGGUUAAGAAUACCUGGACUGUUGGACAAGAAGCCAAGAAUCAUUGUGGGAGACAAAAUAGUUGUCUUGCGGACAAGUGGAGAGAAGCCUGUAUCUUGGGUGGGCUGCGUCCAUGCUGUUAACGCAGACGAAGUUCGCCUUCGCCUGUCCUCCGACUUCAGCCUAUUUAAAGGCAAAAUCUUCGAUGUCGUGUUCCAGGUAAACCGUAUGCCAUUGCGCCGCAUGCAUCAUGCAGUUCUUUUUCAGCCUCGCCCCCAGCGACUCUUGUUCCCCCGGGCGAGGCACGUCCUACGACCUCCGGAUCCUGUUGGUUCCGCUUUCGAAGAGAUGGUACGCCUUUCUCCGCGGAUUCAGGAUGAUCCAGAGAAGCUCAGGGCGGUCUGGACAAUUGUGAAACAACCUCGCGGAAGCGUGCCGUUCGUCGUCUUUGGACCGCCCGGUACAGGAAAGACUACGGCAAUAGUGGAGGCCAUACGUCACUUGCUGAAGGAAAAUGACGACCAUCGAAUCCUGGCGUGCGCUCAGAGCAAUCGCGCUGCUGAUACUAUAGCGUGCAAACUAUUAGGAGCAGGCCUUACGGAUCACGCGUUGCUGCGACUGAACGCAUUGUGGCGACCGACAGCGGACCUUCCCGGAAAGUUGUAUCCCAUUUCUCCAAUCAACGGAAAUGAUGUCUUCGCCAUACCGGGCCUGGAGGAUUUGGUAGGGUACCGCGUGGUUGUCGUCACUUGUGUUUCUGCAGGCAUAGCUAAAGGUCUCGGUGUAAAGCGUGGUCACUUCAGCCACAUAUUCGUCGAUGAGGCCGGGCAAUGCGCAGAGCCAGAAGCCAUGGUUGCAAUCACUCCACUGGUAGAUGAACGCACGAACAUUAUCCUCGCAGGUGACCCUCGUCAACUCCCACCUGUGAUCACAUCUCGUGCUGCAGCUACUCUAGGGAAGAGUUACUUGGAGAGAAUUAUGAACCUGGAUAUAUACGAUGAAAGUCAUACGAACUCAGAUCCGUUUGCAACUCAUGUUCACUUACGCAGAUCUCACGAAGCUAUCUCCAAUUUCUCGAACGUACAGUUCUACGAUGGAGAAUUGCAAAAUUGCGGGGAUCCGUCCAUUACCCACAAGUUCCUCUGUUCCAAACUCCUCGUGACACCUGGGUUCCCCGUGAUAUUCCAUGGCAUCACCGGAAUGGAAAUGCGAGAGGGGAGCUCUCCGUCUUUCUUCAAUAUUGACGAAGCCAGUUUAGUCAGGACGUAUUGCGAGAAGCUUAAUGCAGAGUUCAAAGAUCUGACCGCGGAUUGUGUUGGAAUCAUCACUCCGUAUCUCGCGCAGCGAGGAAAGAUAUUGAAGAUCUUACCCGAGGCCUUCCAAAAAGUGAAAGUAGGGACAGUGGAAGAAUUUCAGGGCCAGGAGCGCAUGGUGAUCAUCGUAUCCACUGUAAGGAGCAAACCAGGUCACGUCGGGGGCGACAUCCGCCACGCGCUUGGCUUUGUAGCCCAGCCGAGGCGCACGAAUGGUACGCUUGACACUCGUGGGCGAGCCUUGCUCAUCGUUAUCGGUGAUCCCCGCAUACUAUCCCUUGACCCGACUUGGCGUAAUUGGCUGAGAUACGUGCAAAGUGGAGGGGGUGCGCGUGGGCAACCUAUACCGAUGGAAUAUCUGUAUAACGAAGGCGAAGGCGGGACGCAGGGCGAAGGCGGGUCUUCUGCCGCAGCACAGCUGGCCUAUGGCAAGGACACGGAGCAGAUGCAGCGCCUUCGGGCAAAGAUCGUCCGGCGCGAGCAGUACGAGGGCAUUCCAGGAAAUGAUUCUGACUGCGAGUCUGACUUCUGA